GUCAGUAAACAGAGAAGAAGAGCUGGAGCAAAAACACGGAAGAACUUCACGUUAGCUAGCAUAGUGAGCUAAAGCAUCCUGCAUUUUAGUAACAGUACAUACUUUGUUUACUUCUACAGGGUUUGGCUGAUAUCAUGUACUGAUAGUUAACAUGAAGUGGCCUUAAAUAAGAAAUAGCAGUUGUUUUACCCAACAAUGUUUAGCAAGUCGUAUCAGCUGCUCCCUCAGAAGGACACCACCAGUCCGAGGACUCCUGGCUUGUUUGUGGACACUGACAGCUUCACACAGCGCGGCUACUACCAAGGCUUUUCUUUUGACAACAUCCCCAAUGUUCCUGUUAACAACUUCACCGAUACCUCCCAAGGAUGGCUGUCCUGGAUCUGCAACCUGAUUGUCAUCUUCCUUGUCUACAUCUUCACCUUCAUAACAUUUCCUAUAACAGGAUGGUUUGUACUGAAAUCUGUGCCUAACUACCAGAGGGUAGUCGUGUUUCGUCUGGGUCGAGUUGGUCCUCCCAAGGGCCCUGGUAUUGUCCUUGUGCUGCCCCUCAUUGACCAGUGGCAGAGAGUAGACCUGCGCACCCGUGCUUUCAACAUCCCUCCCUGCCAGGUGAUUACUCUGGAUGACGGCAUGCUCUCAGUGGGAGCAGACAUCCAGUUCAGGAUCUGGAGCCCCGUCAAGUCAGUGCUAUCAGUCCAGGACCUGAAUGCCUCAACCAGGAUGACUGCACAGAAGGCUUUGACCUACAGCCUGGCUAAGAAGACUGUCAGGGAGAUCCAGACUGGGAGAGUUAAACUUGGAGACUAUCUCGUGAUGGACAUAAAUGAGAUGACUCGACCCUGGGGGCUGGAGGUGGACAGGGUAGAGCUUACCCUGGGCUCUCUACUAAAAGCACCCGGGGAAGGCCCCUCUGGACCCCUCAUCAUGCCACCUUCUAUGCCUGGAGUUGAAGGCCUCACUGGCUCCAUUCAGCAGUUGGCCAUGCAAUUUCUGAGCCAGAGUGGCAUUUUACAGCCUCAAAAAGACGACAGCAUAACGUUUACAGAUGAGCUCAGCAGUGCCCCUCAGGAAGUUGUGGCCACAUCAGGUUCUGUUGACGAGCUGCUCGGCCGGGUCCAGCUCGUGCUCUCAGAAACUUUGGUCCACCAGGUUGGGGCCUGCUUUCAGUUUAACAUAAGCUCAGAAGAUGGACAGCAUCACAGUUACUAUGUGGAUUUGAGCCAAGGAAGCGGUGCAGCUGGAGCAGGGUACUUGUUCAGAGAGCCAGAUGUGACACUGAGCUUAAGUGACAGCGACCUUCUGGCCAUGUUCCAGGGCGGGCUACAACCAUUUGCUGCCUACACCAGUGGCAGACUCCAACUCCAGGGAGACAUUAAGACUGCCAUGAAGCUGGAAGAACUCAUAAAGCUACUUAAAGAUAGGGUUGGAAAUGUUGAGAAAUUAGAAAGUGUACAAUAGAUUUUAAAAAGGAUCCAGCAGAAAACCCAGCCCAGUGUUGGCAACAAUGAAGGCAGCUAGCAGCACCAGCGCCAAAAGUCACUAGAAAGUCAGCAAGAAUGACAGCCUGUCCCUUCAGCCCUCCCUCUAUAGCGUCUCCACCAAAAUGAUCAGAAUGAACAUUAACAACAUUUACUCGUUUGUUUGGCCCGGAUAAAAUGAUUGGAUGGGCUUAUUACAGUGCUGGUGGGAUGUGAAGAGAAUUUCAACAAAUAUAACAAACUUUAAUAAUAAUAAUAAUAAUCAAACAAAAUGGACUUUAACAUGGUUACAUUCCGAAUAACCAGAGGAAUUUCCCUUACAAUUACCAACCCUGGCUUUAAGAAAUGAAGUUCAUUGCAUUUGUAUGUGUAUUUAUUAAAUCUUUAACUUUAGAGGCACAGUAUUGUAUAUGUUGAUUACAUUCG